CGCAGCGCGUGCCCGAGCUCCAGUCCUGUUUGGUGUUCAAUCUGUGACGCGUGACCGCGCGCACCGAUAGCAAAAUAAUAGAGGUCUGUGGAGAGAACAGCGGACCUACAGGCGAGGACAGGGCGCCUACAGGCAGGGGAAAAGCCCCGAACACGGCGCCUACAGAGGGGGACAGAGCGGCUACGGCUGUGAGAGGAGAGCCGCUAACAGUGAGCAUUCAGCAGGGGCGAGAAGAGCAGCUAACGGCUAACCGUGCGCCUUAAGCCAGAGAAGAGGAGGUGCUAACAGCAAACUACAGCCAGGAGGAGAAAGCGGCUAUCGCCCGCAGAGGACACCCGCUGACACGAAGCUCACAGGCGGAGACUUGAGCGGCUCCGACCCGAGAGAGAGCCGCUAACAGGGAGCCUGGACAGGCGCUAGCACCGCGGCUCCAGCUGGAAGCUGGCCGGAGGAGGAGAGCGGCCGCUCGGAGUACCAGAGUGACGUGGUCCAUGCCGGACUCCCCCGGCUCUCCGCACCAGAACCUGUGAGGCCGGGCCGGGCCGCGCCCAGCCGUCCACUGCACCACCGACGCCAUGAUGGCGUCCAGCGACGUGGACAGGGGUGAAGGCCCUUUGUUAUCGGACCAGAACCCCUCAGAGAUGGACGCUCUGUGUCCGUCUCCUCCAGGACCUUCCAGGCCGCAACGCAACUACGAGAGGAUCGGAGGGCAGACGGGAACCUCGUUCUUUCAGACUCUGAUCCACCUGUUGAAGGGGAACAUCGGCACCGGGCUGCUCGGUUUGCCUCUGGCUGUGAAAAACGCCGGCCUGGUGCUGGGUCCCAUCAGUCUCCUCGUUAUGGGGAUCAUCGCGGUGCACUGCAUGAGGCUGCUGGUCCAGUGUUCACACCACCUCAGUGCAAAGAUGUCCCGGCAGUCUCUGACGUACGGCGAGGCCGUGCAGUACGGGAUGGAGAACGUGACGUGGCUGCGCAGACACUCUCAGUGGGGAAAGCGAACGGUGAACUUGUUCCUCAUCAUCACUCAGCUCGGAUUCUGCUGCGUUUACUUCGUCUUUCUGAGUGACAACAUCAAGCAGGUGGUGGAAGCUGCCAACGCCACCACCUUCAACUGCCACAUCAACUACACCAACCAGACCCAGGUGCUGGUGCCCAGCUUCGACUCGCGCCUCUACAUGCUCUGCUUCCUGCCCGCCUUCAUCCUGCUGGUCUUCACGCCCAACCUGAAGUUCCUGGCUCCGCUGUCACUGGUGGCCAACCUGAUGAUGACGGCCAGCCUGGUCCUGAUCUACUUCUACUCUCUGACCAACAUCACGUAUCCCAUCAACCUCCCCAAAGUGGGCCGAGCCAAAGACUACCCACUCUUCUUCGGGACGGCCAUCUUUGCCUUCGAAGGCAUCGGAGUGGUCCUUCCUCUGGAGAACAAGAUGCAGAGGCCUCACACCUUCACCUUGGUGCUGUACCUGGGCAUGGGCAUCGUCACCUUCCUCUACAUCAGCCUCGGCACCAUCGGAUACAUGUGCUUUGGAGACGACAUCGGAGGAAGCAUCACACUCAACCUGCCCAACUGCUGGACCUACCAGACCGUGAAGCUCCUCUACUGCUUCGGGAUCUUCAUCACCUUCGCCCUGCAGUUCUACGUGCCGGCAGAGAUCCUCAUCCCCCCCGCGGUGGCCCGCGUGCCGCCGCGCUGGGAGACCGCCGUGGACCUGUCGCUGCGCACCGUGCUGGUCAUCUUCACAUGCGCCCUGGCCAUCCUCAUCCCGGAGCUGGACCUGGUCAUCUCCCUGGUGGGCUCGGUCAGCAGCAGUUUCCUGGCGCUCAUCUUCCCGCCGCUGCUGCAGAUCCUGACCUUCCACACGGAGGACCUGUCGCCGCUGGUCACCGUCAAGAACGCCGUCAUCAGCGUGGUGGGGCUGGUGGGCUUCCUGGCGGGGACGUACAUCGCCAUCGAGCAGAUCAUAGCUCGGAACGCCCUCAAACACGAAGAGACGCUCUCGCCGUUCAUGGUGCAGUGACGCGGCCACCGCCGCCGUUUUUAGGGCACAUGUGGUUUUAUUUCCCCCUGUUCCUCGCCGCUGUCGGACGCCGUCUCACGGCGCUGAUUGGUGGGACUCGUGGCGUCCCGUUUUAUGUCGCUUCAGUGAGUCUGGCUGAAGUCACUUUUUAUCGUCACCACAUUCUGAGUAGAUCGGCGCGUCUCUGACUCCUCCAAGCUAACCUCAUUUUUGCACUUUAAUUUUUGCCUUAUUCUGAUUCACACACAAAAACACACUUUGCAAAUCUGCCUCCAAACGUCACAAAGUUCCUGAGGACGACGCAUUUCUUCUGCAUCUCGUUCUCAUUUCUAACUCGUCACACAACUUGUUUAAAGAUUUCAGGUUACCAUGGAAACAGAUAAGAGGAGUCAGAACAACAAUCAGAAACCCGACGACUGUCACUCAGCAGGAUUUUACUUUUUAUGUGAUUUUACGACCUUAAUGUGUGUAUGUGUGUGUGAAUCAGACAAACAUCAAACAAAAUGCUGACUUCACAUUUUACUUUCAAACCUUUUCAGGAAACCAAAAUUUAGAGAAGCUAGUUUGUAGCUGAAAAGAAAUAUCAAAAAAUGUUAAGUUUCAGCUUUUACUUGAAAUUAGAAACUUUAGUUUGAUUAGCUUUUUCACCGUCACAAGUCUCUGAUAUUUUUACUUAAAAGCUAAAACUUCACAAUGCUAAUGAUGUUUAAUAUUAAAAUUUCUAAGAUUCCUGUUGGAAAAAGUUGGUAAAUUAACAUUAAAACGUAAUAAAAUCUAAAGGGCAAUGUUUCAGUUUUUAGCGUUAAAAACUUACAUUUCAACUUUUUUAAUAUUGCACCAGCGAACACUUAUUAACGUUUCAUCAUGCAUUAUUAUCCCACGUUUCAUUUUUAAAUGCUAAAAGUACAUUUGCUACGUGUAAAUUUAUGACUUCAAAAGUUAAUUCAUUAACUUUUUGGAUGGUAAAAUUUAACUAAUGAAAAAAAUUAAACAGGUUGGUUUUUUUUCAUUAGCACCUUUUUGAGCUUUAAACAUUAAAAGUUGUGAAGUUUUUAAGCCUUGAAACUCAAUCUUGCCGGUCUGGAUUUCUCUGAAAACAUUUAAUUCUCAUCAGGUAUGAAGUUAUUGUGUAAAACUUCAUAACCAGAAUAAUCAGAAAUUGAAAAAUGAUUUUGAUUCAAAAUAAUCACAGAAUUUCUUAAUUCUCGCUGUGACGUUGUUGACUGAUCUGCAACCACUAAUCUACACACACACACACACACACACACACCUUAGCUUUAGUCUCAGAAAAUGUUUAUUUUUUAAAAUCACUUUUAUUUUUUCAUGUGCUUUUAUGUUGAAAUGUUUUUACUUUGAAGGACCGAACUUUUUUUUUUUUUUUUAACUGGCUAACAAAAGUUUGACGUCAUUCUCCAGACGUUCGGUGUGUACAGUCUUGUAACGUGUGGUUAAAUCUUAAGUGUUUCUCUGUGUCCCUGAGUCUGGUCUCUCAGGAGAAUCCCAACUAUCACUUGUAAAUAAACACACAUGUUCAUGUUUGCUUCCUCUGGAAGGCGACGAUGAGGUGAAGAACCUUCCAGCUCCUCACACUGAACCCCCUCCUUCAUGCUUCUGUGGAUUUGAAAUGACUUCAGUCCCAUUUUGACUUGAACACUCCUUCACUUCCUUCUUCCUGUUUCACAAUAAAAUACUUUUUUGAAAG